GGAAAAGAGGCCUUUUGCUGUAUGGCAGGCAGGCAGGCAGCACCAUAAAGAGCUGUGCUUUUUGAAGUUGAAGGACUUUGUCAGGUAUGAGAGUCAACAUGAGAAACUUAUUUUUGUGGGCAGGUUUCACCCUUUUGCUGGAUCUACAACUUGGUUGUGCCUACAAACUUGUGUGUUAUGUCACUAACUGGGCUCAGUACAGGGCAGGAGCUGCAAGGUUCAUACCACGUGACAUAGACCCAUUCCUGUGUACGCACCUGAUAUAUGCUUUUGCUGGAAUAACCAACAACCAAAUCGCCACUACAGAAUGGAAUGAUAAAACCCUUUACAGACAACUCAACACCUUAAAGAAGAGAAAUACCAAGCUGUGCACACUGCUGGCUGUUGGAGGAGGAAGCUUUGGUACCCAGAAGUUUACUGCCAUGGCUUCCUCUCAGGCUAAUCGCCAGAUAUUCAUUCACUCAGCAAUAGAUUUUCUCCGCAAACAUAAAUUUGAUGGACUAGACCUUGACUGGGAAUAUCCAGGUUCUAAAGGUAGUCCUCGAGAAGAUAAGCAUCAUUUUACCAUCUUGACUCAGGAACUGUUAGCUGCUUUUGUGGAAGAGGGCAAAAAGACAGGACGUCCACGGCUUCUGCUUUCUGCAGCAGUGUCUUCCAACAAGCAUAUUAUUGAUGCUGGGUAUGAAAUUCCUGCCCUAGGGAAGAGUCUCGAUUUUAUCAACGUGAUGACCUAUGACUUCCAUGGAAAGUGGGCACCUGUAACAGGACAUAACAGCCCCCUUCAUAAGGGUUUAGCUUCCUACGACCCAGUUCCCUUCUACAAUUGUGAAUAUGCCAUGAAAUACUGGAAGGACAAUGGCGCACCAGCCAAGAAACUCAUUAUGGGAUUUCCAACAUAUGGACGAACUUUCAGACUUUCUGGUGAAAAAAUUGGAGUUGGUGCUCCAGUACACGGUGCAGGUUCUCCUGGGGCCUACACUCAAGAAGCUGGUAUCUUGGCUUAUUUUGAGGUGUGUACAUUUUUGCAAGGAGCUACCAAGUACUGGAUUACAGAACAGAAGGUUCCCUAUGCUGUCAAAAAAGGAGAUUGGGUUGGAUAUGAUAACAAAAGGAGUUUUCAAGUCAAAGCUGAGUUUCUGAAAAGGGAGAACUAUGGAGGAGCCAUGGUUUGGACUCUUGGCAUGGAUGACUUCUUUGGCACAUUCUGCGGUCAGGGAAACAAUGUUCUUGUCAACACAGUAAAACGUACCCUGGAAAAUUGAGCAUUCGAAUAAGUCCUGCCAUAGAAUGUGAGGGCUACAAUGUGCUGCAAGAGAAAGAUGGAACCAAGAUUUCAAACCCCCCCUCAUGAAUUUUCAGAUCUGAAUUCAAGACACAGCUAUAUAUAUGUGGUGAUGUCACCUACACACAGCAACCAAAUAUAUGAAGGAUUCUACAGCCAGUUGUAAUCAUCUACACCUGACUGCUUCAUUUGUCCAAAUAUAGACUCUAAUUUAAUCCAGCUAAAUACUUUGGAUUCUGUUUACCUUCUGUUCACUGUGAAAAAUGUAUGUAGAAUUUAGAAUGCACAUCUUUUUAAUGGGCACCCUGAUUCAUUGUACUUUGAAAGAUGUAUUUAAAUCUAUGCAUUUCAUUUACUUCCAUUAUAAAUAAUUUAAAUUCAA